UUUUAUCUAUAUUUAGAGAGAGAGAGACAAUCAUGGACCUUCUUCUGCCACUUCAUGUGCUUCUAUCACCUCUCCCCCACUCCCCAUUAUUCUACUCUCUUCCCUUCCCCUCGUAAUCAUUGCCCUUUUUACAAAAGAAGCAUUGGUGGGAUUUGAAUUACACUAAACAAUUGUGGAUGCCAACAUUCAAAUUUCAACAGAUAUCAAAAGAAAAUCCACACACCGAUUACUUUGCGUGUGUAUUUAUGACCUCCACCUCCUAAUUUGAUUCUUUUUUCAAAGUCGAAAAAGCAAUUAAUCAAAACUUUGGAACCUUGCAAAUGAAAACCAGUCCUGCAGCUUGCGGCCACCAGUCUUGGUCCAUCAGCGACGACUCGCUAAGAAGAUACGUCCAAUAUGCAAGCGAAAGCUGUAUACAGGAGCUGUUAAUGUCGGCUUCGGUCUCGACUUCAUCAGUUUCGGAGACGAACAAGUUGGGGAUUGGCGGUGACGGGUGGAAGAUCCUGACCUUUGAAAAUGGAGUAGAGAUAUCAAAGCGAAGGUCUGGAUCUCUUCACAUAUUCCGUAGCCGGUGGGUGCUCAGAUCUGUCUCGCCACAGCAGUUCAUCACUGUCGCCAACGCCAUAGAUGCUGCCAAGCAAUGGGACAGUGAGCUUGUAGAAGCUAGAUAUAUUAAAGAUCUUGAAGAUAACUUGAGCAUAAUUCGUCUUAGGUUUGGCGACAACUCAAAACCUCUCUUUAGAAACCGAGAAUUCAUAGUGUAUGAACGACGUGAAACCAUGGAAGAUGGCACUUUGGUUGUAGCAGUGGCCUCACUGCCCAAGGAAAUUGCUGCUGGUUUGCUUCCACAGCAACAUAAUGCAAUUAGAGGCUUAUUGCUGCAAUCAGGAUGGGUCGUGGAAAAGCUUGAAGAUAUUAACUCAUGUACUGUUACGUAUGUUGUUCAGCUCGAUCCUGCAGGAUGGCUUCCCAAGUGGUUUGUGAAUAGGCUUAACACCAAGCUAGUCAUGAUCAUUGAAAACCUCAGGAAACUGGUUCAAACCACUGAACCACAUUCUGGUUGAUAGUACAUACAGACUUUUACUAUUAUCAUAUACGAUAUCCAUUAUAUGUAUAUAUUAUGUUCAACUUUCUGCUCUA